AUGAGCAGUGAAGAUUCAAUACAACAUGAUGAUGUAAAAAAAACUAAAUUACUUCUGAUUGGAAAUACAGGUGAUGGUAAAAGUUCACUUGGUAAUUUUAUUCUGAAAGACAAUAAAUUUGAAACAAGUGAUGAUGCUAAAUCAGUAACACAAGAAACAAGUGGAUGUUAUGGAGAAGAUGAUAGAAGUGAUAUAUUUGUAAUUGACACUCCUGGAUUUAAUGAUUCUGAGGGUGGUAGAGAUAAAGAUAGACAAUGGAACCAAAUGAUAAGCUACAUUAAAGAACAAGAAGAAAUAGAAGCUAUUGUUAUUGUUUUUAAUUUUACUAAUGCUAAACCACUCUACAAUUUUACAGCAACGAUAAAAAUGAUAUGUAAAAUAUUUCCAAUAUCCGAUUUUUGGGAACAUGUAUGUAUUGUAUGGACUAGAUGUUAUUGUUGUACACCAGAAAAGAAACUAGUAAGACAAAUAGAAUCAAGGAAAGAGAAGUUUCUUCUAGAAUUUGAAAAAUUAGCUAAAGAAACAACAGGAGAUGAAAUAAUUAAAAUACCAAUGUUUUAUGUAGAUUCAUGUCCAGAUGAAGAUGAUGAUAAUAGUAGAUCUGAAGAAGAAAUUGAAAUGCUUUUAACAUGGGCAUGUAGUUUAUUACCAAUUAAUGUUGAGAGAGUUGUCAAAAAUGGAUUAGAAAAUGAAAAAAUUGUUAUUGAAGAGAAGGAAUAUACAGAAGUUGUUGAAGUAAAAAAUGGAUUUGUAAAGUUAAAAACUGAAUAUAUGAGAAGAGAGAAAAGAAUAAGAUAUGAUGGUAGUGUUACAUAUAGUGACUGGGAAUUGACAAAAACUAAAUACAAAAUUAAACCAAUCUCAAGAAUAAUAGAAAAAUACAUCAAUUAUGAUUAA